AUGUCUUCCUCCUCAAGCUCAGUCUCGCACCUGCGGGCGCUGCAGGACCGCGCGCAGACGGUGGCGGACGCGUACCAGAAGGUCCAGAACGAGAUAUCGACCGCCGUGGAGGCGAGCCAGCGGCUCAACGCGCAGCUCUCCGAGAACGAGCUCGUGCAGAAGGAGUUCGCGCAGCUGACGCCGGAGAACGUGGUGUACAAGCUGAUUGGGAGCGCGCUGGUGAAGCAGGACCAGGUGGACGCGCGGGCGAACGUCGAUAAAAGGCUCGAGUUCAUCCGGAGUGAGAUCAAGCGUUUCGAGCAACAGCUGACGGGGCUCAAGGAGAGGUCGGACAAGUUGCAAUUGGAGCUCGUGGAGAUGCAGAUGGCGAUGCAGCAGCAGCAGGGCGGCCCGCAGGCCGCACCCGCAACGGUCACGGCGUGA